UGAUGUUUGAAUCUUGACUUGUAGUGCCGUUUGAAGAAGAUGACAAAGACCCAGGCAUCUGGUUUCUUGAUCACAACUACCAUGAAUCAAUGUUUGCCAUGUUCAAGAGAAUUAAUGCCAAAGAGCAUGUGGUUGGAUGGUAUAGCACAGGUCCUAAACUGCGGGAAAAUGACUUGAAUAUUCAUGCAUUAUUUAACGACUAUGUUCCAAAUCCUGUUCUGGUCAUAAUUGAUGUCCAACCUAUAGAGCUUGGAAUACCAACGAAAGCUUAUUAUGCUGUUGAAGAACUGAAAGAGAAUGCCACUCAGAAAAGCCAGAAGGUUUUUGUUCACGUGCCUACCGAAAUAUCUGCUCAUGAAGUUGAGGAAAUUGGUGUGGAGCACCUGCUCAGGGAUGUGAAGGAUACAACCAUUAGCACUCUAGCAACAGAGGUGACUGCAAAACUUGCAGCUUUGAAGGGGUUAGAUGCACGACUCAGAGAGAUACGAAGUUAUCUAGAUCUUGUUGUCGAAGAGAAGCUCCCACUAAACCAUGAGAUUUUGUAUCAUUUACAGGAUGUUUUCAAUCUACUUCCAAACCUAAACGUGAGUGAGUUGGUAAAAGCUUUUGCAGUGAAAACAAAUGAUAUGAUGUUGGUUAUCUAUUUGUCCUCGCUAAUCCGAAGUGUCAUUGCCCUCCACAAUUUGAUCAACAAUAAGUUACUCAACAAAGAACAUGAGAAAGCAGAAGACUCAAAGCCAGUUGCUAUCCCCGCUGCUGCUGGAAGCUAAGCACCGGUAACUAUUUGAGCUUGCUUGGAUGUCUCUGCAACUUGAUCUUUCCAGUGACAGGCUCAUCGGUCUUGCAUUGUCAGUCUUUUAGAAUCUACGGAUUUCUGAAAGAGAGAUCUUUCCAUUGACAGGCUCAUCAGUCUUACAUUGUCAGCCUCUUAGAACCUAUGGAUUUCUGAAAGAGAAAAGAACUAAUAUGAGGGUGGAGGUUAGAAACGAAAAUGGCUGAAGAGAUUUUCUUUCAGUCAAUAAUUUUCUGAUGCUGAUCUGUCUUCUUGCCCUUCUAGUUUCAAAACUGCAAUCUAAUGUUCACGGAGAUGUAUAACGAUUCUCUGCCACUUAAUUCCAAUCUCUUAGCUUUCCUA